AUGAACCACAGCAAGGAUGAAUUUGAACCUUUUGAAUAUUCCUACUAUGAUUAUCCAGACUGGUACUCCAACAACCCAGAACCAACAAAACCUCCCAAAGAAGUUAUAUCACCGUGUGACCCAACAGCAAAUGAGGCAAUAUUUCACAUAUGCAUACUCUCUAUAUCUCUGGUGACCAUGUUAAUUCUGGCAGCUCUAAUCAGAAGAAAUAAACUCUGCCAAGGAUUUACAAGAGGAUCCUCCAGUAUCUUUAGUCCAACCAACUUCCUGGAUCAGACACAGAGGAAAGGUGUGGUGAUGGCUGUUUUUGGACUGGUGUUCAGCAAGCUAGCCAUGCUGGUGAUUGCACCUGAUCCCUUGCCUUUCUACAAGGAUACUCCAGCUGAAAUCAAAGAGUUCAUGAAGAUAAUCGCCAUCUUCUACUAUCCAGUUUUCUACUAUCCUCUGAUGGUUUGUAGCACUCUCCAACACAAGGCUGGUUAUGUAUUUGGCACUCUGCUCUCUAUAUGCCAUUUUGGUGUCCAGCUGUGGCAGAAAAUAGACUGCCCAAAGACUCCAGAGCUUUACAAGUUCUACUCUUUGCUUGCAAGUCUGCCUCAGCUGUCCUGCCUGGCAUAUCUUUGCAUCCAGUUUCCUUUUCUGUUUUUCAGAAAAACGCAGACAGAAGAGGACUUUGACAGCAGGUAUUACAAUGACUAUGUAAAAUACCUGCUCAAAAAGAAGAAGUCUGCAGCAGUCAGCCCCACCUCGUGUGAAAAACCAACAAUGGUGAGAAGAAUCUUGAAUAUGUCGAAGAAUUACAUUUAUCUUCCAGAAAAAGUGUUUCAUUUCCCUCUAAAGCUAGCUGUAUCACUAUUUGUGGCCCUGGUGGCAAUAUACCAUACAGCUCUCUUGUUGGUAGUGUUGGUUGUCCCAACACUCCAUAUUGUUCGUGCCGGUAUUGACGAAAACAUCGCCUUCCUCUUACUGGGUUUUGGGAUCAUCCUCUCCGAUGACAGAAUGGAGGUUGUCAAAAUCGUCACGUUCUACACUUGGCUACUGGAAGUUUGCUACCUCUGUGCAAUGACCCUGUCUUGUGUGGUCAGUCUGGUCAUGCUCACGAGGACCAUGGUAUGUCACAGGUCAAAUGUGAGGGGACUGUACAAGGGUGAGAUUUACAACCUUUACAACAGCCAGAAGAGCCUUCGUCCAUCUAAAUCCGGUGUUGUCUGCUGGAUGGGCUUGACUGGAUACCAAGCUGCUGUCGUUUGUCUGGGUAUGGUGAUCCAGACUGUAGUGUUUUUCAUCUGCUUCUUGUUCCUGGUCUUCCUUGUCAUCAUCCCCAUCUUCUAUGGACGUAACCUGAUUAUCUUAGAGAUUGCUGGCAAAGCUUGGCCAGCAUGGGUUACAAUAAUCCUGAUCACAUUGCUUCAGCACAUCACUGCCAGGUUUGCCUUUGUCAAAAAAGAUGCCGGUACCAGAGACUUAAAUAACAGGGAAAGUUUGUUCCUUCUGACAUAUUUGCUGUUUCUUAUCAACACUGUGGUGGGGCUGAUAGUGGCCAUAUGGAGAAUGGUCAUCACUGCACUGUACAACAUUGUGCAUCUUGGUCGUGUCGACAUCAGUCUGAUACACCACACUGCUGAGGACUUUGACCCAGCAUUCCACUACUACAAGCACUUUCUGAAGGUGGAGGUGAGCCAGUCACAUCCGGUGAUGAAAGCUUUCUGUGGGUUGCUGCUGGACAUGAUGGUGGAAGGUGGCCGAAUGGGCCAGAAAAUACGAGACGCAGAGGAAGGGAUCCAGGAGAGCUCGCAGAGCAGGUCGACCAACAGUCGGAGGAUUCGCUCUCGUUGGCAUCUGGUUUACACGCUGGUCAACAAUCCCUCUCUCCUGGGCUCUAGGAAGCACUUCCAGAAACUUCAGAGCUUGGACAGCAUCCUAAAUGGCAGCCCAAAACGCAGUAAGCAGAAAAGCAGCAAGAGGGAAGUGGGCAAGGCAUCGGCCACUGAGGCUGCUCCAUCCACUGAGAGCCAAGAUAAAACUGAUUGAGAAAGAAACCUAUCAUGACAGCAAAGUUGACAGUAGUCUUCCAAUAAAUUCAUCACUGUUUCCAUUAAUGCUGCAAACUAGAGAGCAAUUUAUGUAAGUAGG